UAGUAUUGUUUGCCUCAUAGCAUCUACUGUUAACAAAGAGAAGAAAAACAAUGGAUGGAUUGGUCGUCAUCGAAAUCUAUUGAAAUUGAAUUUAUUCGUGAUAAUGCUGAUUUGGGAAGAAAAUUAAGUAUUAUGUUUAUAGUUGUUGUUUUUGUUGUUAUGUUUGAAUAUAUUUCGGUGCCACUUAUUCCAAUACUUUUGGAUGUUUUUAAACCAUUAAAUGAAUCACGUCCAAGACGAUUAAUGAUUGUCGCUGAUUAUUAUGUGAAUACAGAUGAUCAUUAUUUUUUAAUAUCAUUACAUGCAACCUAUUCAUGUAUUGCAAUAGUCACUGUUUUUUUGAGUAUUGAUGGAAUUUUUAUUGUAUUUAUUUAUCACGCCUGUGGUCAAUUAUCAAUUUUAGGAUUCAGAUUGAAAAACCUUGUGCUGGAAAAUCAUCAAUUCAAUAAUGACGAUGAAGAAAUUAUGGAGGAAAUUAAAUUUUGUGUAAAACUACACAAAUCAAUUAUAAUAUUUGUAAAUGAUAUUAAAGAAUGUUUUUCAACUCCUUAUUUUUUUGCCAUGGGCUUAAAUAUGUUGAUGAUGAGUUUCACAAUGAUUCAGAUGAUUAUAAAUAUUCACGAUCCACGAGAAGUCGUUGCAUGUCUUUGUUAUACUUUUGGACAAAUGUUUAUGCUUUUAUGUCUAACUCUUCCAUGUCAACGAUUAAUUGAUCUUAGCCAACAAAUACCAAUUAACAUUCACGAAGGGUUUUGGUAUAAAAUAUCAUCUAAAUCACAAAAAAUGUUACUCAUAAUAAUUAUGCGAUCCGCUUAUCCUUGUACAUUUACUGCAGGAAAAUUAUAUACUUUUUCAAUGGAGAGCUUUGGUGCUGUUAUUAAAGCAUCUGUUUGUUAUUUAACUGUUUUGUUAUCAGUUCGAGAAAAAUAGAUUUGGUUUAUUAAAAAAAAUAUUUUGCAGUCUUUAUAGAAUUCUAUAUUAUUAUUUUUGUUUUGGA